UGAACUAGAUGAAGAGAGACGUGGCCGUGUUGGUACCCGAAGUGAUUCUCGUCUGGAGUCGAGUUCCUGUCUUGCAAUGGCUAAAUGACCGUACGAAAGCUUCGGCUUUGCUAGCUUGUUUCGUGGAGUGUCGUGGUUGUGUCAUCAUCGAAUUUCAAGCGGACGGGUAGUGCAAAUUCGAAAGUAAUGAAAAUAAACACAGUAUCUGUUCCGUUCUACGAUUUGCUACGAUAUUUCACUACGCCAGGUUUCUGAAAUUGGAUAUUAACCAAGUGUUUUACAAGAAGCACUGAAUGUAUUGGACCGACUGCGAGCAGCGCGUCGACCAGUGCCCCGUGAGGACCUCGGAAGCCUCCGCCAAGCUCAAGCCGUCCAGCCCGUGCCGCGUGUCGCUGUUCAGUCGGCGCUGCUUCUGGAUCCCCAAGCGGGAGCGCAAGAGGGGUCUGUCCGAUGCACCGCCCCGCCCUCGCCAUCGUCUGCCACGUCUCCAAAUGCGCGUCGUUCCACCCGCGACUCAGUAGCAUCGUGGAGGAGAUACGCAACUGGAAGAAGCUCAACAAGAUUCUGUGAAGACCAGAGUUCUUUCCGUUCUACUCUCUCUGCGGGGUGUUCGUGUUACCACUGACAGCGGCGUCGUCUCGAACAGACUGAGGCCUUGAAGCUGUAAUCUCCGCGGGAAAUUAAGUCGUGUCGUCACACGGGCGCCGAGUAUCGCAAAGUUCGACUCGAGCGAUAGGUGAAUAUAUAUAUUGUCGAGUUCUGUCAACGGGACUCUUUGAAAUUAGCAGACGUCCGCCGGAGAUACCUCGACUGGUUUUCCUCGACCUGUACGUCUCGCGUUACAGUGACAAGUGUGUUGAUACUUCUUUCCGGAAGGUUCGCAUGAGAGUAUAAACUGUGGUGAUGUAUCUGAGAAGGAGUUUCGACCCCGAGUUCAAGACGCCAGGCUGCUGUACCUCGCGCGCGGUGGGCCCGCCCGACAUCCCCAUGUGUUCCGUUUUGCGCGCCAGUGCGAGAACUAAGCUUUCCGAGCAACUAAUUUUUCAUCGUUUCCUCUAGGUCGUGGUGUUAGCCCGGCCUGGUUUAGGUGUCCUUCCGUUCCGUAGGCUAUAGUGUUCGAUUUUUAAAUUUUUUGUUGUGUUUCUGAAUUGUUUGGCUUGCCGAGCCUCCGCCGUCGACCACCGAUCAGACUCGCGAGUGCUCGGGGCAGCCCGGGCGGCGGGUGUAGAGGCCGCAGGGUCCGGCGCGGUCGUCGAGGAAUGGAACUGGACCUGAUCCUGAGCGAUGUGGCGAGCAUCAUGGACGCGCCGUUCCCCGACCAGCCGGCCGCGGCGACGCAGCGCUGGGCGCAGCCGGUGAGCCCCGGGUCAGGGGGCGCGGGCAACAGCAGCAGCAGCAGCAGCUGCAGCAGCAGUAGCGGUGCGCUGCUGCCCUGGGGCGAUGAUGCCCUCGGGCUGGGCGCGCAGGACGGCGGCGGAGACGGCCCGCUCGCGCGCAAGCGCCGCCGCUGGGACGACGACGACGGGCCGCCGCUCCUCAAGGUCUCCGCCGCCGGCUACAAGACCGAGCCUCUGGACAAGGACCCCGCCAAGAGGACCCUUGCAGGCUGCGGCGACAGCAGGAUGGGCUGGCAGGUGGCGGACCUCACGGACAACCUGGCUGCGGACCUGGACGGCAGCCUGUCCGCCCUGGGAGUCGACCUCACCGCGUCCUCCUACAACAUGAGUGAGGCCCUGUUGGCGCUGCCGUCACUCACGGUAUUCAAGCAAGAGGCGCCGUCUCCAUCGUCGCAUGAUAAUGUGCCCGGCGGGGGCGGCCUCGACGGGGGGCUGGGGCCCAAGAGCUCGAGCGCGGCCACGCAGCUGCACCAGUUCCUGCACCAGCAGGGCGGCUCGCUGGGCUCGUCCCUCCUGCCGUCGCCGCCCGCGGAGCUGGACCCGGCAGCGGGCGAGAACAUAGUGUCGACCAGCGCGACCUUCAACCAGACGGUGAGGAUGACGGUGACCUCGGUCGCCACCUCCACGACCAGCCCCGGCCAGCCCAAGGAGUCGGCCAUCGACUCCAGAUUUCAGUACGUGCUGGCUGCAGCCACCUCCAUCGCAACCAAGGUCAACGAAGCGACUCUGACCUACCUCAACCAGGGCCAGUCUUACGAGAUCAAGCUGAAGAAACUGGGCGAUCUCUCUUUGUUCCGAGGGAAGAUCCUGAAGAGCGUGGUGCGCAUCUGCUUCCACGAGCGGCGCCUGCAGUACACGGAGCGGGAGCAGAUGGCGUCGUGGCAGGCGUCGCGGCCGGGCGAGCGCAUCAUCGAGGUGGACGUGCCGCUGUCGUACGGCCUGUACGACGUGGUGCAGGACCAGAGCCUCAUCAACACCGUCGACAUCCUGUGGGACGCCACCAAGGAGGUGGGCGUGUACAUCAAGGUGAACUGUAUCAGCACGGAGUUCACCCCCAAGAAGCACGGCGGGGAGAAGGGCGUGCCGUUCCGCAUCCAGGUGGAGACGUUCCUGCACGGCGAGGAGAAGACGAGCAGCAAGCGCCUGCACGCCGCCGCGUGCCAGAUCAAGGUGUUCAAGUUGAAAGGAGCCGACCGCAAACACAAGCAGGAUCGUGAGAAGAUGCUGAAGCGGCCAAUGGCGGAGCAGGACAAGUUUCAGCCGUCCUACGACUGCACUGUGCUGACCGAUAUUCCUGUGGAGACGCUGUUCCAACAAGCCAUCCCGGCGGUCAGCAGCAGCGUUCCGGCCAACGCCCUGGUUUCCGAGUCCACAGGGGCCGUGCUCGCCCACACGGCCAGCGCGACGGCCAAGGAGGAGCGCGAGGUGCAGGUGUUGCCAGCCCUGCCCGCCCCGCCGGCCGGGCCCUGCUCCCCGGACCCCAAGCAGCCCGCCCCGCCCGACGAGUCCCUGCCCCUGUCGAACGACGCGACAGCCCAGCAGACGACUCAGUGGCUGCAGAGGAACCGCUUCGACCAGUACUUGCGCAUGUUCCUGAGCUUCUCGGGGGCCGACAUCCUGCGCCUGACGCGUGACGACCUCAUACAGAUAUGUGGCCUGGCGGACGGCAUACGCCUGUACAACGCCCUCCACGCGAGGGGCGUCGCCCCGCGCCUCACGGUGUACCUGUGCGUGGAGCAGGACUGCGUGUACCACGCCCUCUACCUGGCCGCGCUGUCGUGCGCGGAGAUGGCCGGCCGGCUGGCGCACAUGCUGGGCGUGCUGCCGGACCAGAUACGGGACGUCUACCUGCAGGGCCCGGGCGGCAUCCACGUGCUGGUCACGGACGACGUGGUGCGCCACAUCAAGGACGAGGCCAUGUUCGCCAUCGAGAUACUGCAAGCCGCGCAGUCCAGGGACCGCUACCGCUUGCUGCUGAAGCCGGUGCAGCACUGAGGCGCGAGCCGGGAGCUGCAGUGUUGCCAAGUCGCGCGGCACUCCGCAGUGUCGCUGCGUGUCUCACAAGUCUCUGUCGUAUCCUGGUUCUUUCCAGGGUGGAGUUCAUUUUUGAGUAUCCAGGUUUGUUGAUUUUGCCAAAAUUGUGUUCUCGAUGAUGGAAUACUGGAAAUAUUGAGAAUGUAUUUUAAUUAGUUUUACUCUGUAGAAUAAGUGUUGAUAACUGUGCGCAUGGACUUUCACAUAUCUUACAAUGAAGGCAUGAAUAUCAAAGAUAAAUUAAUGUAAGUGAACGCGGGUCCAGUAUGUGUUUGGUCUGCAAGACAUAUGCCCAUAGAUAAGUCGUGUAGCCACAAGCUGAUGAACACACAGGUCCAGUUGGGAGCCUGGAUCGUGUCCCUUUCCCUGAUAUGUUCCGAGGUGAGGUUGCCCAGUAUAACUGAGUUUAUGGUUGUAAAUGAUGAUGAUAGACAUCUCGUAGCAGAAGGGACAGUUGUCCUAGAACUCGCACGAGUUGCGGUAGCAUGUACCGAUGACGCAGAUACAGUCACGGUAGACGGUGCGAGGUACGGCAGCAUGUGAGAGUACUUGCUAGAACUGACGUGAACAUGUCGCAAAACACUUCUGUCUCCUUCUUAUUUGCAGUGAAGUCUCAUUACAAUACCUUGAAAACCCACAGUUUUGGUACAUAAUAAUGAAAGUGCUGUUAUUUUACAUAGAAUGUUCACUUAAUAAAAAUGAUCGGAAAAUCCUACUUAUAAUGAGGUUCCACGUGGUAAGUGAAUAUUGGAAUGUUACAAAUACACAUUGCUGUGGUCACAUACAGGAAUGUUGGUCAUCACAUUUAGAGUUUGAAGCAUCCUCGUGACAAACUAGUGGUUGUGAGAGCGUGCCGCAUUCAACCAGGUGCACACGGCUCCUCUGUGCCGUCAUUUGUCACGUGCAGCGGCCAACAUAACUCUUCCCGGACUCUGCCAGUGGAAGUCUUCUUGAGAACGAUCGCCUCUGCUGGGCGAGUUCUGUGUCCUAUCACUUGCCUGUCUUCAACAAUCAGUCUUGUUGACCGCAAAUUGCAAAGACACUUCCUAAUGAAAGUGGCUGUGUCCAUAGCUGUUAUUGUAGGUAUGUUUUGGAAGAUUAUUAAGUGGGCAGAGGUGUGCCAUAAGCAUUGGUGUCGUCAUGGUCUGCACACAAGGUACCUGUCUUUUUGCCUCUUUGACCAUGAAUAGCGAAUAUUUUUACAUAUCCAAAUACAUUUUGUUAGGUGGUAGUUCAGGUUCUGUUGGUGUUGACGUUAACCGUAAUGUUAGAGCUCUAGUGUCGACUAGCCUAGAAUGUCAUGUUUAGGAUUUCGGGCUUUUAGAAACAUUUUUUAGACGAUGCCUGUUUGUGACCUUUCUCAUAAUAAAUGUCUUUAUGCUUGGCUGGUUACUAUUUAUUAGUUAAAUUUUUUUACAGUAAAAAGUUUAUUGAAUCUGAAUUCCAUAGAAGUCGGCAUAAACGAACUGCUGUUCAUUUUUAUUUAAGGAAUGUAUAUUUUUAAGUUUAGAUUGUACAACUGUUUUGUUCAAUUUAUGUGUGAAAUGCUGAGGGAGGUGAUGUUUACAGAAAUUGAGGUAUAUUCAGAUUUUUUUGUGUUUGAGAAUGGAGAUGUCAUAAUUAAAGAGGUCAGCACAUCAUAGAUUAUAGAAUUAUUGAAUUAUGCCCUCUUGUUGGGACACAUAUUGGCAUUUACCAAUUGUGUUUUUUUGUUUCAUAUUCCACACAUGGUGUGUAUAAUGUGUUAUUAAUUGAUUAAAUGUUAGUAUAUUGUGUUUUACAAAUAUUAGAUUUUUUCUUUAUUCCUGCAACACUUUGCUAGCUAUUAUGGUGUUAUUGUAACUUUUUACUAUAUGGUUAAAAUUUUUUGUAAAUAAACUUUGGAAACAUUAGAAUAUUUAGAAUUAGACUUAUACAACAAAUAAAAUAUUUUAUAUAUAAUACUGAUAACGUAAAUGUAAUGAAUAAUUAUUGAACUCAUGUACCAGAAAUUUAAUAAAAUUUUCCUGGCAGGUACUUUUUCAAAAAUAAUAUUUCUUUCAUCCAGCAAUUUUUUUUUUCUUCUUUGUUUGGAUUGGUAAAUUUUCUGGACAAAAUCACAUAAAAAAUUUUUGCAAUCAAAAUCAAUAUUGUAAAUUGCAAUUAACCACUAUAAUUUGUUAAGUAAUUUUUUGAUGUUAGUCGAUAAACAACAUUUAUGUUGAGAUUACGCAUGUUAUUUAAGUGGCAUUCAAGGCCUUUGAGAGAAGUGUUUUAUGAUAUAGUACCCAAUUCUCUUUGUAGUUCUUUUAAAUCUAUUUUUAAAAUAUUUCAUAAUUAACAGCAUCUGUCUGUUGCGAGUGCUAAACAUACGAAUGCCCUGACCAAUGCAUCCAAAUCAACCUAGCAAGUGGCAAAUUGCAAUGUUACUAUAUAUUUAACAGAUUGAACACUGCCUUAGAAAUAUUUUUUUGUACAUUUGCUUACAAAGAUGGAAGUAUUCAAGCUACCAUUGGUGAUGAUAGUGGGAAGUAGCUCUUGUAUUUAGGUUUAGAUAACGAUCCUGAAAAUAUAUAGCACAUAAAUUUAUGUUAUAUAUUUUUUAAGUUAUCCAUUUGCUUUAUAUGUUUUGCAACUAGACUUGUGCAAAUGUGUGUUUUAUAUUUUAUUUUUAAGAAAAAAUUAUAUGUAUAUCAGCCUCUAUAUUCUUAAUAUAGUAUAUGUAUAUUUUUUUAACUAUAAUUUUGAAUGAUAACAAAAGUUUUUAAGGGAAGUAAAUAUUACUUAAAGGCUUCUGUCAGAUUGUUUGAAUAUUUGUAGAUCAUGAGAGAUGAUCGUAAAUGUGACAUGUUAGAUGACAAUCAUCAUUUCACUGAAGUAGUGCUUAAGUAAAAUACCAAAGUGAAUGUGCAAAGUAUUGAGAUGUAUCAUUGUGUAUUGCUUUUAAGUGUUAAGCACAUAAUUACAGUAAAGCUUGUCUGUGGUGUUGUUAUGUAGGUCAUAUUUUUAUCUUUUACAGAGAGAUAUCUUUGAUUAAAAUUUUAUUCUGUUGGUGAACUUAAUUUAAGCAGUCCUAGAAGAGGUUGAAAAAAUAUUUUGCCUCAUACUAUGCAAUGGACUAAGUUAUCAGCAGUUCUUUCACUCGUUAAUUUUUACUUUGGGGGCGCGUGGUUGCCAUAUUAUAUUUUACUUUGCAGAGUAAUUAAUGAACAUUAUUUUCAGAUGUUUAAAACAAGUUUUUACAUUUAUAUAAUAGCUUUUUUGUAAGACCAGCCAGAUGCUGUUCCUUAUCCGAAUUUACUGAUAAAUUUGUAUUCAAGCAGUGCCUUAAUCGAACAUAAUAAUUUGGAUGAAAUUUUUUUCUGUAAAUUUUUGUUAUUACUCUUGGUCUUAUGCAUGGUGUAACUAGGCUUAUAGUAGUCUUAAUUCAGUAUUUUAUUAGGUACAUUUUUGUUGAUUACCUAUGCUUCAGUAGCAUAUAGUCGUUACUGUUGAUAGUUAAGGGUAUAUUCUUGUUCUAAUGUUUAUUUAGGUGUUUAUAUUUUUACGAAUAAAAAAUUAAUGCUUAAGUCAAUUACAAAUGCUUAGUCAAAAUGCCUUAUAAUAUUGUGCCUGUUAAUUGUUUUAGAAUCCAAGGAUAUUCUAAAAUCAUUGUCUUGUCGAAACUUCCUUGAGGAUUGUCGCUGAUGGAAAUGUGACUUGAUGGCGUGAUGGCUACAGAACUUAAUUUUACAAUUGAUUGGAUUCCCUGUUUUUUGUAGGUUUUCCAGAGAAACUUAAAAAUCUUCCAUGUCUUAAAAAUAUAUUUUAUUUAAUGUUCAUCAAUUAAAGCCACGAACAAUUUGUACAAGUUCUAGUUAACCUCUCAAUUAGGGUCUCCAUGCGUAUAUGCUUUAUAUUUGCAAUAAAAGGGCCACAUUACCAUUGUUUCAAAUGCAACAGUUAGCUUUUAAUUUGAGGUGAAACAGCAAACUGUAUCUCCAAGGGAAAUUACAGUUAGUGGUGUCAGAAAGUUUAGCAGUUGACUGUCUGGCAACCAAAAUAUUUUAUUUUGUAAUAUUUUGUGUUAAAAAAGUAAUUAAACUUUGUUGGUCCUCAAGUGCACAACAUUUCUGUUAGUUAUUGAUGUUAAGUUGUUAAGUUUAGUUGUCAGUUACCAGUUUAAAAAAAACUUAAAAUUCCCUGUUCACUUUGUGAACUGGCUGAUAGUUCUAGGUUUUCAUGUGAUCUUUUAAUUUAGUGGCUUUUCAUUGUUUCACCAGUCCAUCGCUGUCCUGUGGUGACAAAACUUGAACAAUUUUGUGAAGUUAAUAUCCUUGUAAGUGAAUGUUUAUAUUGUAAUAUUGAAAAAUGCUUGCAUUCAUGGUGCAGUCUUUAUAUAAAUGUGAAUUUUAAUAAGUGUUCAUAUAUUAUUUGUAUUGACAUUUUGUAUUCAUUGCACAUUUAUAUUUACCAAGUGUCUUAAAAAUAGGAGAUAGCUAGAGGCAAGGAGUGUAAAUAGGUACUGUGAUUAUAUGUCGCUCUGUGAUUGUUCAAAGUUGGUGCAUAUGUGUAACAUUUAUAGAAGAGAAAAUAAAGGUAUAUUAUGUUA